AGAAUUACGAAGCGCGAAAAAAAAUUUUCAUAUCUUUGCGCGUUUGGAAAACGAAUUUUCAAAAAGGCAGAUGAACUACAGUGCAGCUGAAAUAAAGGAAAAAGUACAUAAUUUUACCAAUCGAUACAAAUUAGAAAAGAAUGCGGUGGGUAUGACUGGUGGUUCGCCUUCCACUUGGAUCCACUACAAGGAGGUGGAAGAAAUACUGAGUGGUAAUAAGGCAGUAAAUUUCAAAGAACUCAUGCAAGAGAGUAUAGGUGUGGAACCAGAAGACAACAUUGGUUGCGCUGCUAUCUACCCUUCGACGAGCAGCCAAUCUCAAUUCAUUUCAAGCGAUGAGCUUGCAGGACUUUCGACGACUCCGGAGUCUGCAAAAAGAAGGAAAUUAACCCAUGAGCGUUUAAUAGAAAAUUUGGAAAAAACUUCAGAUAUGUUUGAGAAAGAAAUGGAGUCCAUGAGAGGGGUGCAAGAAAGAAUGGUGGAACUAACAGAAAAAGCAGUUCUUGCGGAAGAGAAAAGGAAUGAUAUUUUAAAAGAAAUGAGUGAAAAUACGAAAAGUUUUUAUAAAGACCUUAUUAAUUUGUUAAAUAAAAAAUAAAAAUAAUUACAAAUGUAGAACAAACUUACAAAAUGA